UUCAAUGAUCGUAAAGUUAUUGUAAAGUUAGCAGAGGGUUGAAGCAAAUUCUUUCACUUUUAACACCCGAUAAUUGGUAACAAAUCAAAGUUAACACACUAAGAAAUGCAAAACCCCAGCGAGGAUACCCAAUGGAACGAUGCCUUACGUCGACACGGAAUUUUACCCGAAAAAGAAGUUAGUGAAGAUCAACUUAUCGAUCUUGUAGAAGAAACUGUCCAACAGAAAACAGGAAAUGUAGUGAAAGCGUAUGAAGAUAUGACUUUAGAGGAACUUGAGGAACUGGAAGAUGAAGAAGAUGAACGUGUUUUGCUACAGUAUAGACAACAAAGAUUGGCAGAAAUACAGAAAUUUCAGAAGGCAUCCAAAUUUGGUGAUGUUAGAGAGAUUUCUGCCCAGGACUAUGUGGACGAAGUCAAUAAAGCUGGCAAAGGAAUCUGGGUUGUUCUUCAUCUCUACAAACCUGGUGUUCCAUUAUGUACACUAGUAAAUCAGUUCCUCACGCGCCUGGCUGAGAAGUUUCCAACCACAAAAUUUUUAAAGAGUGUAUCAACAACGUGUAUACCAAACUAUCCUGACAGACAUCUUCCAACGAUAUUUAUCUACUGCGAAGAGGACAUGAAGAAACAGUUUGUAGGACCUUUUGCAUUUGGAGGAAUGAAUCUUAAGAUUGAAGAAUUGGAAUGGAUGUUGGCUGAAGCUGGGGCAGUAAAAACAGACUUAGAAGAGGAUCCACGUAAAAAGAAUAAAGUUCAUGAUGUUAUGACAAGUUCUUUGCAACAGAUGAACGCUAAGGAUUCAGAUAGUGAUGAUGAUGAUGAUGAAUAGCAUCCAGAGAGCAAUUACUGGAUAUAUUUACUUUACUUCCCAACAAACUUAAAGCUUCAACGUCCCCCCUGCCUUGGGUAACUCACCAGCAUUUGACCAUGGUCUGUGCCUAGGGGGGUGGGAAAUCUGAACCUUGCCCUGCUGGGGUGGGGUGGGAAUACAAGUAGAAUGCAAUAAUUGAAUCUUUAAAUGUUGAGGUGUUCAAGGUAAAUAGUUUCAUUUUGCAAGUGAAUGGCUCAGAAGAAACGGUCUACAAGGUCUGGGUUUCAACACUUUGUCAAUGUGUAGAAGGUCACUGUCACUGAUAUGGCCUUGUACAAAAAAAUUGGCUCGGGCAUUGAAACACAAGCUUUACCCUGAGGGGGGGGGGGGGGGGAGGGGAGAUAUUCGAAUAAAUUUAUGGUCAAAAGUUCAAAUGCCCAAAGCAUUGCUUGGGGGAGGGGAGGGAGAGGAAAUGUUGGAGCUUGGAAUUGCAGGAUGCAUUAUGUCAGAUAUUUAAAAAUCAUCUUGAAAAUUAUCUCAAGAAACAAAUUUAAGAAAUCCCUGUUUAUUUGAUUAAGCACCCAACCUCAAAUAAGGAGGAGUUUUGAUUAUUACUUCAUGACUCACUUACAAUCUCUUAAUUCACUGCCUGUGUAUAGACAUCUAAACAUUUUGUUAUUAUUUCUUGUUUUGUUGCAAAGUUAACUUAAUACUUGCUGAAAAUGGUGGGGAUCAAAUAAGCACCCAAGUUUGAAAAAGUGCCCUCCUCAGAUAAGUGCCAGCUCCAAAGGUUCAAACAUUUUAUGAGUGCCCAGAGCACUUUGCAAGUAAUUACAGUAUCUACCUAUCACUUAAUUUUUUUAAUAGACAGAAAAGUGGUGGGGAAACUUUUUUUAAUUACUUAGAGGGGACAAAUAAAUGAGCUAAGGAGAGUUUAAAAAAAAAAGGCUCUUUUUUAACCUGUGUCAGUUGUCCUCUUCACAACCAAUGUUAGCAAUUGUGCUCUCAAUUUUUGGCAGUAGGAGGCCUGGGUACAAGAUUUGGGAAAAUUCUUUUACCACUGACUCUCUCCAAUAAGUCGAAAUCAUAAACACAGAUUUCAAGAUUUUUCUUUGGUUUUAUUGCAAAUAUUUGCUUUAAAAAUACAUUAACAGUUUUUUGCCAACAUAUCUAUCUUCUCUGGCUAUUUACAAUUGAUCAUUGAAGAUCAUGUACAUUGAGGAGAAUUCCUCCUUAAAUAAUUUUGUCACUGUAUUAUUUGGGUCAAAUUGUUACUUCUCACAGUCCUAAUACGUCGUGGUACUUACAUUAAAUAAACAAUAACUUUUAACUUUUAUUUGAAAUAAGUUUCCACCUUUGAAAUGAUAUAUAUGACUAUUAACUUGUAAUUAAAACUACAGAUUUGGAAACAAAAAUUACCGCUACGUAAAUCUUGUGUCUUUAUCGUGUUUAGUAAAAUAAAAUUAAGUUAGAUUUCUCGAGAAAAAAAAUAAACUGGCGCGCUAGAUAGGAGGCUUGUCGUGUUCCAAGAACGCAUGAGAAACGCGUCUUAAACGCGAUAGAAACGCGUUACAAGGACAAUCUGGCAAAGCCACCCAACCCUUUCACUCCUACAAGUGACGAGGAACUAAUUUCCUCUUACAGUAUCAAUACAAUAUUGAGCAGACAGGUGAUGAGAAUAAAGAAAAAUAUCAACAAAAAGAAACUGAUUUGACUUCACACCAAAUUCUCGUAACUUACAUCGAUGGAAAUGUAGGUAGGUGAAAUUGUGGAAGUGAAAGAGUUAUUCUAACGAGCUGAUGUAUCUGCAAACCGUGAUAAAUAAAUAAUGUAAUGUAUUUCUGUACGAUGAACCGUGAGUCAUUAAAUAAUAUUGUUAUAGACAACUGAGGAUUUGAGUAACUAACGAGGUAAAUGAGAGUAUUUUAAAGUUCUGU